AUAUUCCUACACAAUCAACUCUUCAUAUUACUCGAAUGCUAGUGUUUAGAUUUUUCAAGAAGGUAAUGCAGUGUGGUGGAAUACUAUAAUUUCUUAUUAUAGUACUAUAUUUAAUAAUACGGCGACGUCUACUUCGGGUAACUUUAUGUAGUCGUGCUAUAACUUAGCUUAGCUUUACAACAUUGGCCUACAACUCUACAAACAAACAGCAACGCUCAUCGGUCUUACUUAAUCGUGUAUCGGGCCUUAAAUACCUACUUUAAUGAUGAGAACAAAACCUACGGGGUUUAACAUUAAUUUGUUUGGGUGUGAUGAUCACGCGGAUACGUGGCCUAGCAACGCGAGUUAAUUCAGCUGCGCCAUAAAGUCCAAGAACUGAACCUGGUCUCCCGUUUUACGCACUUUUAUCAGGAAAACCAAAUAAAGAUGGUUAAGAUCUUUGUUGGGAACCUAUCCUCAAGCACGACCGCGGAAGAUCUGCGCUCUCUUUUUUCUGAGUAUGGCAAAGUAAAAGAAUGUGACGUCCUGAAAAAUUAUGGCUUUGUGCACAUGGAAGGUAAGCAGGAGGCUGAAGAGGCUAUCCGCAAACUCCACCAUCACGAGCUGAAAGGUCAAGCCAUAAAUGUGGAAAUGAGCAAAGGGAAACCCAGGGGCUCCACAAAACUGCAUGUGAGCAACAUCAGCAGUGGCUGCACCAAUCAGGAGCUCCGGGCAAAGUUUGAAGAGUACGGCCCUGUGGUUGAGUGUGACAUAGUGAAGGACUAUGCCUUUGUUCACAUGGAGCGAAUGGAGGAUGCCAUGGAGGCCAUCAGUGGGUUGGAUAACACGAGCUUCCAAGGCAAGCUGAUCAAAGUACAACUGUCCACGAGCCGCCUCCGUACAGCGCCCGGCAUGGGAGACCAAACUGGCUGUUACGUCUGUGGAGAACAGGGCCACUGGUCCAAAGAUUGCAGACGUGGCCAGAACGGUAGCUAUGGCGGAAGCAUGGGGGGAUUCCCUGGUGGUAGAGGUCCCCCAAGGGGCGGCCCGAGCUAUGGCAUGGGUGGCCCUGGAGGUCUUCCUAAUAGAGGUUAUCCAGUGGCAGGGCCACUUCCCCCUCCCCCACCCAUGAGCCGGCGCCCCAGCUACGGCGAGUACGGCGCAGAUGCUCGAGAACGAUACCCCAGCAGGCCACCGAGCGCCUAUCCGGAGAGAUCGUCCACAUAUGAGCGAGAACGCUACGGAAGCAUUGACUAUUACGAGAAGUAUCGGGCUCGUCCGGCUGGCUCUAGCUUCUUCGAGGAUAGGCCUCUCUCUAUUCCCCCUCCUCCUCCCCCUCCCUCUUCUUCCUCUCUCUCAAGGAUGCGGUUGGCUCCUCCCAGUCUCGAUCCCUAUGAGCGACGCCCUCUGGCGCCUCCGCCUCCCACAGCAUCAGCGUACUUCUCGCGGGACCGUAGCCCAAUCAGACGUGUGGGUGCCGGUUCAGAAGGCUACUCGUACGAGCGCUCGCGACUUUCCCCGGUCUCAAGGAGCUCAUCGACUUACUCUGUGCCGCGGGCCAGGGAGAACUACACCGAGCGGGUUCGAUACGCAUACUAAGCCACACACAUGCUUAAGGUUUUGUCAAGUGAUGAGAUUUCCCCUCCACCUAUAUGACUGCCUCGAUCAGACGCUCCAUCGGAUUUCAAACAUGCAGACACAUUGAUCACAAUGCUUAUUUGCUCUGCACAUUAAGGUUUUACCCAUAAUAUGGAAACUGCUGUUUAAUUUCCCCUUUCCAAUGGAGACUUUGAUGUAUGACUGCAAAAAUUAGUAGUUGUGAUUUUUGUUUACUGCUUUGCUUUUCACUUGUAUCCGGAGGUAAGGUGGGGUGUCUCGUGUCAGCAUUUUUUUUUUAACUCCGCUAUUGCAAUUAAACACACUUUUUGAGAUUUUGAAGAAUUUAACCCCCCCAAGUCAUGUUGUGAUACACUAUUAUUUACUUCUUUUUUUUUUUAAUGCUCCAAGACUUGUCUUCAGCUGUUGGGUUGGCUUGCCACUUAAUUUCUUUGAUUCAAGUUUUGUGAGGACAAUCUGGUUGUUUCUUUUUUGGCAAUAGCAUUGUGUAUUUUGGGGGGGGAGUGGCAAUUUGUAAUUAAUCCUGCAGCUGCAAUAAGCUUUAUGGGAAAAUAAACUAAAAUUCAACAUUCCA